UUUUCUCCAUCCAUGUCCAUCGAUUUAUCCUUUUCUCCAUUCAUCCAUCUGUUCAUCUGCCCAUCCAUCCAUCCAACCAUCCAUCCAUCCUUUUCUCCGUCCAUCCACCCCAUUCUCUAUCCCUAAAUCUUCCCAUUUUCCCCUCCAUCCUUCUGCCCCUCCAGUCUUCCUUCUGCCCAAUCAGGAACGAGGAGAGAAGUGACGUCACGGCGGCACGCAGAAGCGGCUCAUAAGAGCCUCGCUAAAGAUUGCAGUGUUGUGAUGGAAGUGCGCGAGGAGCGGAGUGUGUCCAAGUCGUAUUAUCAGGGAAACAAACUAAAUCCCAACAGGAAACAAAACUGGGAUUACUCCUUAUUCAUGUAUCCAUGUUUAUAGAGUACAGUGUUUAAAGAAAUAGUCUAGACAGUCUCCUGGUAGCGUCUGUGUUCGUUAUCGCGCGCGCGGAGAGCUCCAACUGCUGUUUUCAGUAGUGUGCGCGCGCACACACACACACACACACACACACACACACACUAGCGAGCUUCCACAGCCCUGACCCACACCCCGCGGUUCCUGCGAGCCUGAGAGCAGAAGUGAGAGAUGAAGUUUGUCGCUGCAGUUCUCAGCCUUUCCCUCCACAUCACAGCCCUGAAGGUGAAGGUGGUGGAAGGUGAUGUGUGUGCUAGCGGGAAGUUUACAUCCUCGGGUGAGUGCUGCAGUCUGUGUCCUCAGGGAAUGGGAGUGGCGUCCAAUUGUGAACUAGAAGACACAAAAUGCCAGCCAUGCCUAGAGGGUGUGACGUUCUCAGGCUCUGAGGGACUGUCAGGGUGCCAGCCUUGUUCACAAUGCCCUUUAGGUGUCCCCCAGCUGGAGCGCUGCACCAUCACCGAAGACACCCACUGUGACUGCGGAAAGGGCUUCUUCCUAUGGAAGCAGACGAACGAAACCGAUGCCCUCUGUGCCCCGUGUGCCACUUGCGGCCGAGGAGAGGGCGUGGUGCGGGCGUGUGGCCCUGCAGGAAACACCGUGUGCCAGCCGUGCGGUUCAGGCACCUUCUCAGAGGACAAAAGCUACAGCCAGACCUGCAUGCCAUGCUCCCGGUGCAGAGAGGACGAGGUGGAGAUCCGGCCAUGCCAGGCCAAGUCAGACACACUCUGCAUGGAUCGAGACCUGCACAUCUUUUCGAGGAACGGUUCAGAAGGGCCGUGGGAGUUUCCACGCCGACCCGGUUCGGCCGACGAAGAGCACGAGAGGAAGAACAAAGGGGUGACAGGAUCUGAAGCGCCAGACCUUAGCUCUGAGGACCAUCAGGGAGGCAACAACAUCAUAAUCUAUGUGUCUGUGCUGGCAGCCGUGGUGCUGGGACUCCUGAUCUACGUCGCCUACAAGUGCUGGAAAUCAUUCCAGCAGAAGGCGGCUCUGGGGAAAGCCCGGGCUGCAGAGCUGAACAACGUGGUCGAGGGCGAGAAGCUACACAGCGACAGCGGCGUGUUCCUCGACUCGCACAGCCUACAGGAGAACCAGCCGAGCAAAGGCAGCAAGCAGGACACGCGCUACAUUAACCUGCCCCCUCAGCGGCAGGAGGAGGUGGAGAAGCUCCUGUCCGAGGGUGGAAGUCAGAGCUGGAGACAGCUGGCCGGCGUGUUGGGUUACGAGCAGGAGCGAGCGGACAUGUUCGGCCGUGGCGAGGACCCCGUCCACACACUGCUCACCGACUGGGCGCAACAGGACAGCUCGACGCUCGAGCUCCUGUCCACCGCACUGAGCAACAUCGAGCGUCACGAUGUAGCCAAAGCACUCAGUUCCACCAGUCAAGGUAUUACCAUGGUCUGAAUUCAGUUCAUUUUAACGGCCUGAAAGAUGGACCCUAAUGAGGAAAAGAGCACAGCACUCUGUUUCUGCAUUACAGGGAACGACUUUACACUCCAAACGUGAGGAAAAGAACUGUAUCCUGCUUGUUUUGUAUCGAUAUAAGUGCCUUUUUGCAGCGCUUUCCACCAAGAGUGGAUGCUCUGCUCAUCUUCCGUUCAAGACUGUUUCAGUAUUUAUGCGCCGAGGACAGAGUUCCUUUUCAAAGUGUUGACAAGCCAAAGCAAAACAUAAUACUGGCUUUGUAAUAGGAAAAAAUCCUAGGCCUUUGUUCUUCAUACCGCAUUAUAGUAAACGCUGUCAUUGAGUGGUUCAGAUGGCUUUGGUUACUGCUUGCGGGUUGCAUCAAAAGGCAAGGGACGCGUUUCAGUGCUGUUUUCCACACUCACUCCUGCAGGAGGAGGAGCGGGGUCUUUAUGAGGAGUUAUUAUUCCUGCAAAAAAAAGAAAAAAGAAAAAUGCUUCAUCUUACUAAUGCAAACAUUCAAACUCGUUGAAUCUGAGCACAGCCUUCCACUAUGUGACUCAGUUCCCCCCCCCACCCAAACAGAAACUACACUACACACAUGCUCUAUAUGAAAAAGCAAGCAAUGCCUGUUUCAUGGGCAAACUGUGUGUGU